AUGGCUACCGAAUUCUCCUCUCGUCCACUGGCUACGACAUUAGUCCUUUUCGAUGUCGAUGGCACUCUCACGCCCGCCCGUCGGUCGGCCUCCCCAGAGAUCCUCAAGACCCUGGAGGACUUGCGAAAGAAAGCUGUGAUCGGCUUCGUCGGGGGCUCCGACCUGGUCAAGAUCCGAGAACAACUCGAAGUAACACCAAAUGCCAACGCUUUGGAAAACUUCGAUUACUGCUUCGCCGAGAAUGGUUUGACCGCUUACCAAUCUGGUAAGGUCUUGGAGAGCCAAAGCUUCAUCAAGCAUCUCGGUGAGGAUAAAUACAAAAAAUUGGUCAACUUCUGUUUGAGAGAGAUCAGUGAAUUGGAUAUCCCAAUCAAGAGGGGUACCUUCAUCGAGUUUCGGAAUGGAAUGAUCAACGUCUCACCUAUAGGAAGAAAUGCAUCUGUUUCCGAACGAGACGAAUUUGAGAAGUAUGAUAAGCAAACUCAAGUACGAGCGAAGCUAGUUGAGAAGCUAAAAAAAGAGUUUGCCGACUACGGAUUAACGUUUUCGAUUGGCGGCCAAAUUUCCUUCGAUGUAUUUCCCACCGGAUGGGAUAAAACUUACGCCUUGAGACACGUCGAGAAGGCCGGAUUCAAGGAGAUCCAUUUCUUUGGUGACAAGACCUACAAAGGCGGGAACGACCAUGAAAUAUAUGAGGACCCUAGGACCAUCGGCCAUCCCGUCACUUGUCCUGAAGACACUAUCAAACUCUUGAAAGAACUUUUCGAUAUCUGA